AUGAAGGAAGAGGGCCCAUUUUCUAGUUUUCUUAAUUCUGCAGUAACGCGAUUGAGCGGCGUGGUUAACGAAGCUGUUCAACCAAAACACAACAUUCGUAUGGGAAAUGCAGGUGCAGGUGAUGGAACAAAUCAACGGGCGUUUUCGGAAGGCGACUCAGCAUUGGACCAAAACGAGCAGGCCAGGUCUUACACCGGAAAGGCAAGAAGCAGUAAAGAUAAAGAUGAGGUUCCUUUCGGGGAAGGUGAAUUAAAAUUGGAAAACUUUGAAAAGGAUGUUGCAAGGAAUGGAAAGCCUGAGUUAGGUCAAGAAGAGUCGGUAAAACCUGAAGAUGUGGAUGCUGAUCGGGAGCCAGAGGCUAUUGAUACUUCACCUCCGCGAAAUAAGGUUGUUAAUAUGCAGCCCCAUACCUCUAAUUUGCCGCCUUUGGAGCAAACAGCAACUCAAGGCUCGGCGGUUACUUCAGCGUCCCGAAAAAUAUCCAUAGCUUCUUCUGCAGGCGGAGAUCCUGGGAGCUUGUCUGGGUAUGCUUUUGCUAGCAAUAAACGAAACCAUGAUUUUCAUGUCAUUUUUAAAACCCUUCCUUCUGAUGACCAUCUCAUUGACGAUUAUGGUUGUGCCCUGCAAAGAGACAUCUUCCUGCAUGGAAGGCUGUAUCUCUCGGAGCAACAUAUAUGCUUUAAUUCUAGUAUAUUUGGUUGGGUCACGAGUAUCAUUAUACCGGUUACAGAAAUUGUUUCUGUUGAAAAAAAGUCCACCGCCGUCGUUUUUCCUAAUGCCAUACAAAUAACCACUCUCCAUGCUCGUUAUGUGUUUGCUUCUUUUAUUUCUCGUGAUACCACCUUUCAAUUGAUUAUUACCAUCUGGAAAAAUAUUCAUCCCUUCUUAAAUAUGGCUGCUAAUGGGUAUAAUGUAUCCGACGCUACUCGAAAGCAUCUUGGGCAUGGAUACAGUCGGUCUGAUGGUGAAUUUUCCAACAGCUCUGAAGACGACGAUGAUCAGUACGAUGAUUCUGAUGGCAAUACUGAAGAGAAUGAGGACGUUUCGGAUGAUGACGGUGCUAAUCAAUCACAAAGUUCCGAAGGAUUCGAACAUGAGCCCAACGUUUCCAAACAUGAAAAUGGCUCUGAUGACAAUUUAGAUAAAAAAAAUAGUAAUCAGGUUUCCGAUGAUAACUUCCAGUUCGUUACACAGGUCACUUCUCACGCUCCAACCUCGUGGACCGGUAAUCCUCUUUCCCAUGUCCUUUGUUCAAAGGAAGCCAUCCCACUUCCGCUCUCAACUGUUUUUUUGCUGCUUUGGGGAUCUGAUACUACUUGGCUAACUAAUUUUUUCAAGGAGGAAAAGCUUUCUGACAUUAAGUUUAGUAGAUGGAUGAAAGAGGAAGACAAAUGGACACGAAAAGUACAGUACAUAAAGCCAGUAGCUCCUCCAUACCGACAAACAACUUGCUACAUCACAGAUACAAUCGAGCAUCUCGAUAUUAACGAUUAUAUCCAAGUAUUAUCUAUAGCUUCUACUCCAGACGUUCCCAGUGGUUCUUCUUUUUUAACAAAGACCCAAUAUGCUUGUUAUUGGGGUAGUAAUUCAAAAACAAAACUGGAUGCGAGUUACUCUGUUGAUUGGAGUAAGAGUUCCUGGCUGAAAGGUCCUAUUGAAAAAGGAGCACAAGAAGGUCAAAUGGCAUACAUGAAGAGCCUAAUUAAUGCUCUCGAAUCCUAUAAAUCUCCCGGGAAAGGAAAACGAAAACGAAAAACAGUCUUGAAAAAGAAGAAGGAACCACCUUCAAUGAGUUCGGACUCCAAAGAAGCAAAUUCUUCAAAUAGCCAGUCAUCAGUAUUAGCCUCAUUGGGCAAUUUUGUGAGCUAUAUUCCUAAAGGACUGUCUUUUCUAUCGCAACCUAUCUAUUUGCUUUUUGUUUUGAUGUUUUUUCUGAUUAUCUUACAAUGGUGGUAUAUGGGACGGUUAGUUCAUCCUAAAAACCCUACAUCGCCUUUUCGAAAUCCUGCCUUAGAAGGAGAUUCCGUGGAGCAUAUACCAAUGGACGACUUCACUUUCAAAUUAUGGCUUUCGUCAAGAAUGGACAGCAUUGAGCAGGAGCGAGAUUAUUUGUAUGAUGCCGACGCGGUAAACAUAGAGAAUGGGAAACUUAAAGUAGCUACUGAUUAUAUGGAACGAAAAUUAAGGAAACUAAAAGAUAGACUUGAGAAACUGGAAAGUGAACGAGAUUAA